GAGUACAACUCCAAUGGCCAUGCUGUAACUCGCGGCAUUCAGCCAAACGGCGAAUCAGGACGCAGAGGAUUUGGUCCCACCCACUUCUUCAAGGUAUGCUGGGCCAGCUCGUGUACUGCAUCAAAGUAUGUCAACGUCUUAUGGCCAUUUGUGCCUGCUGCAAUCGCUUUGCACUUCGCCAGGCCUCGGCAACACCUCUGGAUCUUCAUCCUGUCCUAUGUCGCCAUGGUCCCGUCAGCAAAUUUGGUGGGUUUCGGAGGCCAGGAGUUGGCUCGUAAGCUACCAACUGUUCUGGGCGUCGUACUCGAGACCACAUUGGGCUCCCUCGUCGAGAUGAUCCUGUUUAUUGUACUUUUGGUGAAGAACGGAGAACAAGGUGUGCCUAUCGUCCAAGCCGCCAUUCUUGGCAGUAUUCUCGCGAACCUGCUGCUCUGUAUGGGCCUCUGCUUCUUCUUCGGAGGUCUACGCCGCCAUGAACAAACCUUCCAUGACGCCGUCAGUGAUAUCGGAAGCAACCUCAUGUUGGUUGCCGGUUUCGCUCUCGUGAUUCCGGUCACCUACGCCAACGCUCUUACGGGUCGUGCGAACUUAGGACCUGAGAAGCUUGAGCUGGAAGUCGUCAGGAUCUCUCGUGCUACAGCUAUCGUGCUCUUCUUGGCUUUCGCUAUUUACACUUUCUUCCAGAUGAAGUCUCAUCACGGGCUCUACGAUGAUAUCCUUGAGGGGGACGAGGAGAGAGAUGCCGACCGUCACCGGGACCUAGCAAAGCCGAAGCUCACCCUGACCGAGUCUAUCGUCGCCCUUGCUCUUGCUCUCACUUUCGUCUCGAUGAUGGCCGUUUUCCUCGUCGAGAACAUCGAGCCCAUGGUGAAGCAUCACGGAGUAUCCGACGCCUUCGUUGGACUUAUACUCGUGCCCCUUGUCGAGAAGGCUGCCGAGCACAUCACCGCGGUCGACGAAGCAUGGGAUGACCAAAUGAACUUUGCUCUCUCUCAUAUCCUUGGUGCAUCUAUUCAGACUGCACUGCUAAACACCCCUCUUGCGGUUGUGGUGGGUUGGGGACUGAACGUAAGGAUGUCACUUAACUUCGAGCUCUUUGACGCUGUUGUUCUCAUUCUGGCUAUCCUCGUGGUCGGCCAGUUCCUGCGUGAUGGAAAAUCUAACUACCUCGAAGGGAUCUUGUGCUUUUUUGUAUAUGUGCUUAUCGCCGUUGCUGCGUUCUACUACCCCAACCCUAUUCCUGGCGAG